UUAAAGGGGGUCAUUAUUUACAUUUUUUUUUGGUUUUUGACACUUUUAAGAUGAAUACAGGUUAUUUUAUCAAUCUGGUCAUAUUUUUUCUUCUCAGGUCCGAUACUCGUGCCUGUGAUUUUAAUACAUGUAGUUCAUUUAAGUAGCGAAUCUUAUAAUAAUUUCAAUGACUGCGUGUAAUAAUUACUUUGUAUGAGUUAAUUACGGGUAUUUGGCGAUAUUAUGACAAUAAUUAAACGGCAUUUAGAAUAAGGACUUUUUCUCAUUUUAUGAUAUUAUACUCGUGUGGAUAGAAUGAUGGAGAAGACAGAGCAUAAAACACCAUCACAGCCACGUGCUACUGGGAUGGACGGGGUUGAGCUCUUUAAUACGAGUUGUUCAAUGUGUAGGAAAAAGAAGACUUUAACAGAGGGAGAGUACCACUGUAAGUUUUGUGGGGUAAUGUGUGAGAAUUGUUCAGCAAAACAUCAAAAAACACCCAAACAAACUGGUCACUGGGCGCAACAAAUCAAACGCAUCCGUCAAGAACUGACAACAAACCCAACUUUCAAUUCAAUAAAGAAAUGCGAGAUUCACCCUAGUAGACAUAUCAAAGGUUACUGUUUGGACCAUGGGGAGUUAUACUGUAAUGACUGUGUUAGGGAUCGGCACUUUGAUUGCCCACUUGAAAGCGUUGAAGUUAUGAGCCAAGAUGUGUCGCGUGAAACCCACAUGAUUGAUGCAAGAAACGAACUGGUCGAUCUUAAACGAAGAAGUAAAAUAGCGAGUAAGGCCAAAAAUGAAGAAAUCGCUCAUAUGCAAAAGCAAAGUGAAAAGUUCGAAGUACACCUAAGGAAACUUAGAGACAAAUUAAAUGUUAUUUUCGAUGACAUGGUUAAAUCUGUUUUGCAAGACAGGGAUGUUUUCGUAAAAGCGGAGGAGAAGUUGAUAACGAAAAAUAUUUCUGAAUGUUCGGAUCUCGCGACAGUUCUCGAAACUGCGUCUACGAAUUUGGACAGCGCUUUCCGUAGUGGGAGCAAGCCGGAAAUGUGGAUUUCGUUAAAGAAGCUAGAGCGAGUGGUAACUCACUAUGACGAAAUGGUCACGAAAAUUGAAAAUGAAAAAAGCAAAGUUGCAUUUGAGUUUGUGUCGAACAGUCAUUUGCAAGGUUUACUCGAAGACCCGGAAAAUAUCGGAAAACUGAAAAUUACGUCGUCCAGGUUAUAUGGAAAUGAGCUUACGGUGAAUGAUAAUAAAAUUGAAGUAAAGCCUACUCGUAAAUCUAAAGCGACUCUUCCAGGGACAAAAACCGGCAUUCAACAGGACCCUUGGAAAAUCCAAAGAGUUGACACAAAAGCAAACGGGAUGCUUCCCAAGAUUACCGCUUUGUCAACAAAUGAAGUCAGUAUGAACACACCAACGACAAACUUUCGAGCAAACUCUCGAAAUCGUGUAGCAACAUCGUCUAGGCACGACUAUGGAGGCGGUGAUAAGAUAUCUGGUCCCGUGUUUGGUCCUAUUAAGAAUGUAAAAGUGACUUACAUUGGACGGAAGGAGAUCUUUUACCCUUCUGACACGGAGCUUACAUGUGUAACAGGUUCAACAUUUCUACCUAAUGGGCGGCUUGUCCUGAUCGAUAAUCACAACAAAAAUCUAAAAUUACUAAGUGGUGAGUUUGAGCUCCUGUCGAGCAUAGUUCUUGAAGAACGUCCAUGGAACAUUACUCAUUGUUACAAAUCGGUUGUCGCAGUGUCAUUUCCAUACGAUAAUUCCGUGGAUUUAAUCGCAACAGGACAAGACAUGCAAAUUGAAGGAAAAAUUAAAACUGAUCGCUCUUGCCAAGGUCUGGCGUAUCAUAAAACAGAGAAAUGGCUUUACAUUGCAUGUGGAAAAGGUACAGACGCCCAGAUUCAAGCGUACUCCUUAGAAGGAUAUCUGAGAAAAGUUAUCAUUGCUAAACCUGGGGUUUUAAUAGAGCCCUUAUACAUGACUAUGUCAGACGAUUGUACCAAGUUGUUUAUAUCUGAUGUGGAUAAUGGUAUAAUUGGUUUCAAUACUAAAUCAGGUGACUUGAUCAGCCAGUACAAAGACCAUAGAAUCAAGCGUUACUGGGACUUGACAGUUGAUUCUGAUGGACGCUUGUAUGUAGUGACAACUGAACCGGACAGCAUAUUUGUUCUGAUGGGUGAACACAAUGGGCAACUAUUGACCGAGUUCAGAGCCGGGAACAAACCAUGUUCUUUAAGUUACAGUCCAAUUAUAAAAAGUUUAAUAGUGACAAGGUGGAAGGUUGAAGACCUGGAAGUAUUAAGAUUUGUGUAAAUGGUAAAUGUCUCGAGAAGAUACAUUUAUAGAUUAUGAAACAUUCAACUUGGCAGAGUUUGAUUCUUUUGUUACGUAUGUGUUCUAAAACAAUUAUAUCUCGAGAGUUUCAAAAUACAUGCAACAUGUUAAGUUAGCAACUUGAUAUUAUAAAACCUUUGAAAUCGUGCAAAAAAAAAAAUGUUGCAGUAAAAACAUAUACGUUAUAGUUCCAAAAAAUGAGACAAAACAACACUGACAUUGUCGAAAUAUUCAUGUUGUGAAAAAAUUGCUUAAUAAGUUAAGUUAUAUUAACUCUGCAAAGAGAUGGAGUAAGUUUUGGUAGACAUUUUUUUCAAUCAUUUAGAUAUCCAUUCAUAAGUUGUGUGCAAGUACGCAAUGUUACAUUACCAAGCGUGGACACUUGAUUAAUGAUUAUUUGAUCAGCAUACGUAAUAGAAUAUAUACAUGUAUACAUGUACACUACAACGGAAUGAAAUAUUUUGUCGUGCGCACGAGAUAAAUAAACACACACACACAUGUCACCUAAAAAUUUGCAAUUUAUAUAUUAUUAAAUGAUCUAAAUAUAGCUGCAGUCUCAUAUUGGUCCAAACAGUAGUCAACAUAACUAUUCACUGGGCGUAGUAUCAUAUUCACUGGCUGAUAUAUCUGUGACUACAUGCUAAUUGAAACAGAUAAUUGCUGCGUUUUGUUCCUUAUGGUAUAUUUCUCGAUUAAAAUGUCAUUACUUUACUAUUAAACGCAAUGAUGAGAAUAAACUUGA